GGCCAGUGGAUCAAAGACUGUUCUACAUGUACAGUGAAGCUGCAAGUCACUUAUAAUGGAAGAAAUUCCAGUUCGGGUGGCAGUGCGAGUUAGGCCAUUGCUUCCAAAGGAGAUCCUCCGCCAUCAGCAUGUAUGUGUGAGAGUUGUACCCAACACCCAACAGGUUAUCAUUGGCAAAGAUCGGGCAUUUACAUUUGACUUUGUGUUUGGACAAAAGUCAGCUCAAGAUCAAGUGUAUGCUACCUGUAUAAAGCCCUUGGUGUCAUCAUUUAUCGAGGGGUACAAUGUCACAAUAUUUGCGUAUGGACAAACUGGCUCUGGAAAGACCUACACAUUAGGUGGUGGACAUGUUGUUUCCACUGCUGAUGAGGAAAAGGGCAUCAUACCUCGUGCAAUCAAUGAAAUCUUCCAAAGCAUCUCUGAACACCAAAAUACAGAGUUUACAGUUAAGGUAUCCUACAUAGAGGUCUACAAGGAAGAGCUCAGGGACUUACUUGGACAUGAAACAUCUUCAAAAGACAUACACAUCAGAGAGGAUGAGAAAGGAAACACAGUGAUUGUUGGAGCUAAAGAAUGUGUUGUGGAAAGUGCAGAGGAAAUAAUACAUCUGUUAGAAGGUGGUAAUGGAGCUCGUCAUACAGGGAUUACACAAAUGAAUGAAUACUCCAGUCGGUCUCAUGCCAUCCUCACGAUUACAGUUGAUCAGAAGGUAGAUAAACUAGAUGAAGAACUGAACAAAGUUCAAGAUGCUGAGGAAAUAUUUCACACUUCUAGUCAGGUCAUCUCAUCAAAAUUCCACUUUGUUGACUUGUCAGGCUCCGAGAGAGUCACCAAAACAGGCAACACUGGUGAGCGGUUUAAGGAGUCUGUCCAGAUCAACAGUGGCUUACUGGCACUUGGGAAUGUUAUCAGCGCGCUUGGAGACCCCAAACGUAAAAGUCAACAUGUGCCUUACCGAGAUGCCAAAAUUACACGCAUAUUAAAAGACUCUUUGGGUGGCAAUGCCAAGACAUUAAUGAUUGCCUGUAUUAGCCCUUCAUCUUCAAAUUUCGAUGAAUCCCUAAAUUCUCUUAAAUAUGCAAACAGGGCCAGAAACAUUAAGAACAAACCAAUAGUCAAUUAUAAUCCAGAGUGGGACCGUAUUGAUGAAAUGGAGCUUGAAAUUCAUGCACUGAAAGAAGCACUGCAGAGAUAUCAUGGAAUCAUAGCAAGCCAAGGCAGCCAGGUAUCUCAGGACUUAACAGGAGAACAUGGAAAAAAUAGGAUCCGUAUCCUGGAAGAGCAGCUGACUCAGCUGCAGGCAGACUGUCACCGCUAUCGUACCUCAGCUGAAGAUGCCUUUAAUAUUUUGUUAGAGCUUAAAGGGUUAACCACCCUUCCUAAAAUACAGGAGCGUAAACUACAGGAAUGGUUGGAUGCAGCUGAGGAAUUUCAGAACAAGAAUUCUGUUGCUAGAGUGGACAGUGGAGGAAGCACAACUGGGGAUGAGCCUAAUCUUCAUACUGUUCUGCAGCUUAAGAGAGAACUGAAAAAGUGUCAGGAUGCUCUGGCAGCAGAUGAAAAGGUUUUUAGUCAAAAAGAAGCUGAAUUGAAACGAUUACAGGCUCGAAUUAACACAGUUCUUCAAGAGAAUAAAGUGCAUUUGGCCAUUCUUGAUGACGAAGAAAACAAACAAAAGCUCCAGAGUGAUAAAAUUGUGGAGCAACAACAAAUAAUUGAUCGACUCAGAGAAGAACUGCAGAGCAAGAACAUGUUCUUUUGCAAGUCUUGCUUAUCAUUGGAUGCCACAACAGAUGCUGACAACCGGUCUCCAAGAAGACUAUAUAGCAUGCCAGUGCCCUCUUCACAAUCAGAUGGUCUCACAGUAACAAAGAUGGCACAAAAAGCACCAAGAAAGGUUCUGAAGAGACAGCAUAAGAAGAUCCAGCCUAUACAAGAGGAGUCUUUACUAAAAGUUAAAGGACUGAGUUAAGAGCGACAUAAGUGAGUAACAGAAGAAAAAAUCAUAAGAAUGAAACUUCAAAGAAGAUGCAGGAGGAGCCUUUUGAAAGAUCAAUUAAAAGCUACAACAAAACUCUGCCAAAAACUUCACUCUCCAAUUGUUUCAAGAAAAAUCUGUUUUCAGGCCUGCCUGCUUAGCUGUCUUUACAUAUUCUUGUGCUUGCUUCAAUCGUCAUGUUUUUC